GAAAUCUACAUCAUAUACUUAUAUAGUUUAAACUACAAGAAUAUUAUGUUUAGAUUUAUAAUACCAUUCAUGUUUUGAAUUGCCUAAACUGAAACUGGAUUUUAUGGUAUAGAGGUGGGAUUGUCAUAUUAACACUGUGGAUUUAAUGAAAAAUGUCAAGACCACUUUCCUCAAGUGGUAGAAAGUCUGCAACCAAUGUUAGAAAUAAUAUAUCCAGACCGAAUACAACUAACGAUCUUCUCAGUAGAGAGGAAGAAUACAAGAGGUUGAAUGAAGAAUUGGAAGCAAAAACUGCAAAUCUAGUCAAAGAAGCCGAAGAAGUACUUAAAGAGCAAGAAAGCCUUUUGUCCAAACCAAGCUUGUUGGACACUAUCAAUACCGAUGAUUUUCUGAAUGAUUAUGAGGAAGAAGAAAAGAAGUUAUCUGCAAGAGCAACUAAUUCAAGGACAGGGUCUGCCCAAGGAGAACAGUCAACAAGAAGUAGGCCGCCAUCCAGCAAACUCAAGAAAUCUGCAAAAUCUAAGGCUAGAAAUACCAAAUCAAACCUCAAUGAGGAUGUGGCAACAGUGGAUGAUGCCUUUCUGACAGAAUUCAAGGAGUUUUCUCUCCAUAAAACAAUCAGUAACAUUGAGGGGCAGAUGGAGCAGGGAGAGUUAGAGGAGGAUGAAGAUGAUGAUGUCUUGCCUCAGGCUGCUGCUGAUAUGGGAGCAGAGGCUCAGAUCAGAUUUCUGAAGGCUAAGUUACGAGUAAUGCAAGAAGAGUUGGACAGGUUGGCCCAAGAGUGUAAUAAAAAGGAAGAAGAAAACAAUGCCUUACUUCAAAGAGUGAAAGAAUUAGAUGAUGAUAGAAACAGGUUACAAAGGACAAACUCAACCCAGCAGACCCAAAUAGACAAGUACAAGAGGUUGGCAGAUGAUGCUAAGGGGAAAUCUGACAGCCUUGAAAACCAGUUGACUGGAUUAAGAAAGGAGUUAGAUUCUCUGAAGCGGUCUCAAAAACAGCAAUCUACAACACAGAGUGCCACAGAGGUCAGACUAAAUAGGGCACUAGAAGAGGUGGAAAAAUACAAAUCUGAAUUACAUAGAGCAAAGUCUGCAUCAAAGGAUACAAAAGAUGCUGAAAAGAAAAGGAUUGAUCAACUUCUAGCUGAAAACAAGAGAUUAGAGAAGCAGAAAAAUGAACUCAUGACAGGUUUCAAGAAGCAGUUAAAGCUGAUUGAUAUCCUAAAGAGACAAAAAAUGCACAUAGAAGCGGCAAAAAUGCUACAGUUUUCAGAGGAUGAAUUUGUUAAAGCACUUGAAUGGGGCAAUUAAUUUUCAUUGACUGGCUCCUGUUAUCAACAACAUUUAAUAAUUUAUUAUAAUUUAGGAAUGAUUACCAAAGCUACCCAUUGUAUUCAUCAUGAACUUUGUCGCCUAAGAUACAAGUUGAGUCACCGUUGUCUUACAAGGCCUUAAGAACUCUUCCUUAAUUUUUAAACCUGGUAUGUUGGCAAAAAGCAUUCAUCUAAUGCAAAAUGGUGUUACGUACCUUGUUUAAAUGUAGAUAACAAAGACUACUAGUAUGCUUGUGUCAUUGUUCAUCUUGUUCAAGAAGUUGGUGCUGGUAUAUGUCAUGUUUGUUGUCAAUUUGACUAAAUGCUAGAAAGUAAAUAAAA